AUGUCUAACCAGGCUCACGCUUUUACGCUACCCGCCGAGAAGUCUCAGAAGCUGCGCUGGUGGCGUCAAGAAUUUGUUACUGGCGUUUUUCGUUCAAAUUUGUACUACGAUGUAAUGUUCAGUGACUUGAUAAAAACGCCUUAUGAUGACUUAUCCUUAUUCAUUCGUCAAUGUCUUUUUGGUGAAGAUCCAGUCAAGAGCCCAGUGAAAAAUUCGAGUGGUAUUGUUUACUGUCGAACGCGGGAAGAUUGUGAAACGGUUGCCUAUCAGUUGUCUCUCCGAGGCAUACCAUCUCGCGCCUACCAUGCUGGUCUGGGAAGCAAGGAUCGGACUAGGGUUCAAGAGGAGUGGUUUAAAGGAGACUUUUUAGUUGUGGUGGCCACUAUCAGUUUUGGUAUGGGAGUGGAUAACGCUCAUGUCCGGUGUGUUGUGCACUGGACAGUACCGAAGAGUCUAGCCGCCUAUUACCAGGAGUCUGGCAGAGCCGGACGCGAUGGUCUUCCUUCCCAUUGCCGGAUAUACUAUGCUAAGCAGGAGCGUGACACGGUGGCAUUCCUAGUUGGUCAGAUGUCCGAGAGAGCUCUUACACAAAAGAAAAAGGAGCAUCGUGAGAAAGGCGUACAGGACUUGGCACUCAUGAUCAACUACGUGGAGAGUGUAAAUUUUCUCCUUUCACCUCAGGUUCCAUGGAUUUCCGCUGCUGAGGACUCCCUGCUUAUCGAUCCUGAGAGCAAACUGAUCAACGGUUUGACAGGAAAGACUCGAGAUCAGACUCUCCAACUCCUCAUUACCGCUGUGUGUGGUCACCUGACCAGCACCAGUGAUACAGGCUCCGAUGUGGAUCCGGAGAAGUCGCAUCUCAGCAAACUAGCCGCCCAACUAGAGCAUCAAAUUUUCAAAACCUCGAAGGACCCUGCUCCACUUCCGUCGCAGUCAUCACAGCCACCGCCACUGUCGGCAUCAUCACAAAACGUGCCUCCACCUCUUGGACUUAUGACGAAGACUGGCACGCCAGUGGUUGAGCCGGUGCCUCCGGCUUUUACUGAUUUCUCACCGUACGAUUACAGGCUAACAACCUUAUUUCCUCCUUUUUACAUCCCACCGACCCCUAUUCCACGCUUUUACAAGUCCGAGGAAACACGGAUGAAGACCAGUUUCAUCGCCAAUGUUGUGGUCCGUUCGCUCUCUCGCUACUACUCUCUGGGUGCCUUCAAGGACAAGUCAUUUCGUAAAGCAGCACUUUGGUGUUGGUUCGGCUACACAAAUUGUGAGAUCCACCGCCUUCUCCGUUUUCUCCAGGCUACAUUCAAGGAUGUUGCGCGAGAGUUGACUCGGAGGCUUGUCAAGAGUGGCAUUUCGGAUGACGAAGUACAUCUUACCUCUUAUGCUGCUAGCGGUGGAGACCGCUCCGUACUUUUAUACCGGUACUGGAGGCGAGGCUACUUCAGUAUCGAUCAUCUUGUCGAUUCCCUUAUCGAUUUUUGUGGCCCCCAUUGA